GGACAUUGUUAUUUGUUGUUAGACUGGUAUCAGAAGUCAAGAAGUUGAGGGUCUAUGAUUUGCGCAUACCUAGUUAAAAAUCUGAGCGCCGUGCUGGACGACUCGCGUGCUGCUUAUUGUUCUUCUAGCUACCAUGAUGGAGAUUUCUUGUGUCGACUUGAGGAAGGUCGCGUACUUUUCGCGGCAACCGUAGACAUCUGCUGUCCAGGAACAAUGUACCACGACCUCGUCACCCACAGCGCAUGAGCAGAACAAAGUACGUAUACUAAAAUCACCAACAUUUCGUUAAACUAGAAUGGCUCCUGCGUCGACGCUUUCGUCCGGGUCAGAUAAACCACAGAAACUGGAUUUGGCAGUGGAGGGUGUUGCCCUGACGGCGAGUCGCAAGUCCACGGAGAACAACAUUCCCGUCGAUGACCGCCAGCAGAGCAACAGUCGGCUCGCACGGCUGCGGCGGCACCAAGCGAAAAUUCGGCAAUGCGCGGAGGAACUGGGAAUCGAGCUUUCUUCCAGCCAGGUUGGCGGCUCGUCUUCGUCCGCAUCCAGCUCACGAGCUGAAGCGGGGGGUGGCGCGUCGGCGUCAGUGUUAGCAGGUAGCGAAAAAAGCAGCCAGACCGAAGGUGGUGCUAAAGAUGGUCGUGAAGACCAGCACGACAGGGGAGCAGCUGCGUCGGAAGGACAGCAGGAACAAGGCGUGAUGAAAAUAGCCGGUAGCUCCGCAAGUAGCUGCGCGGCCUCCUCCGCUUCCUCUAAAACUGAGGCAGACCACCACGCGAGCAAAGCCAAAGCUUCGCUCGAUCUCACCGCCCUCUCAGACCACCUCGCGGACGUCAUUGGGACGCUAAAUGAUCCUUCGAACAACAAGAAGGCAUACACUGCAGAGGACCACAACAGAAACUCCCUCUCGUUGCUGUCGCCAUCUGCGGAUCAUGAUCUUUUUGGUUCGAAGAAGGACAUCAUCAAACACACCAAGCUACAUGAUGACCUUCAGCUGCAGAAGCAGCUCUCGAGUACCACCUCCUUGCUUUCCACUUCAACGCGCGAUUUGGACAAUGAUGACGAGGUGCACGCGAUCCUGGCGAGGUGGCGGAGCAGCAACAAACCAUUGUUGAUGGCGUCGCCAGACUCGGGCACUGUGAGCGGUUUUGGCUACAACCUUUCCCCGGAUAUGGUCGGGACUACUUCAUCCGGAAGAGAUCAUGCAGCGAAGAGAGUUCUUGGGCCUCUAUAUGCCACGUCCUCCUCCUCCUCAGCCGCAGCUUUGCAGAAAGAUAAGCUCCAGGUUGACGCUAUUCUUGCGGCGCACCGGUCGAGCACGGAUAUCUUGGACGAAGAUCCGGAUGUGGUAUAGAUGAAGACAGUUCAUCGUCGUGCUGAUGUGUUAGAUCCGUAAACAACGUACGACCAUCGAAGAUGAUCAUUCUGACAGCGAGGACGUCGCAUGUUGUACAUCUAUACGCAUGAUGGGAGAUAGUUUUUUUCUUUUUCACCGCAAUCUAUCGAAAAGUAUAGGAUUUUACGGCGUAAAAACUUGUAAAUACAGGUAAUCGAGCGCAUCAAAGCUCGCCUUGGAAUUCGUGGGUCGCCUCGGAGCUCCUGCAAGGAUUCUGUCUUGGUCCAACCUGGAACUCCCUCCUUUCGCCUUCCGUCGAAUUUGCAGGCCGUGCUCGAUCGCAGCGCGACACACAGUUUGUCGUCGGCAAGUCCAUUUUCGGAUUUGUUGAAAGCAGGCACGACUGGCGCCACGCCGACCGACACAAGUAGGAUCCUCCCCGCCGGGCUUGUCGCAGUGCCGAAGGCGCAGCUGGAAGAGGUUCGGGCGUCCAGUGUCGGGCUAAUUGGCGGGGAUGCCACCACGGUUCUCCGGGCAGUAGCGCAGGAACUGCAAGGUGAUACAACUAUCGACGCGCCUGGUCGUGCGCCGCACAGUGCAAACAACGAGACCACGCGGUCGCAGGAACAAAAACGCGAUGAUGCUGCACCAGAAGUUGACAACUACAACAAAACAAGCAGCACUGAGAUUGAGACUCAGAAUUCUGCACUGCACGAAAAGUUGCUGUCCCUGGAGUUUGGUCAUUCGGAAAAGCGUCUGGCCUUGGACUCGAUAGACCCGAUUCGUUCUAGCUCCUCCACUAUCAAAUGCAAAUAUGUCUGGGUGUGGAAGUCGAGUGUAAAAAACUUGUCAUGCAGGUUGUCCAUGCUCCCUGAGGUCUGGGAUGCGGGACGGACCUAGCAUGGCAGAGUCUGUGAGGUCUCUGUCAUGCCUGUCCUGCAUAAGAAACUCCCUCCCAACUUGGUCGAAAGUGGACAGCUUUUGGUACUGAUACAACACAGAUUUUUGCAUGAAUCGGAUUUAGCAUGACAAGUUGCAUCUUCAAUCCUCCAGACCCAGACACUUUUGCAAUCCAUAUCCACGCGAGCUGCCUCGAAGACCACCACCGUUGCAGGGGCGUCGGAGGCGGAGCUUCAUCAGCAACCAGACAUUGCGAACACCGAAGAUGCGUUGAGUUUCUCCGCAUCGUCAGCCGCGUCCAGCUCGAGGUGUGCUGCAGCAGGUGGAGCAGGCGCCUUUUCCGAAAUCGAAGAUGGACGCACAAGAAGUAGCAAGGAGGUUGAUGGGGCUGCUGGUGCAGACGACACUGCACUACCUGAUGAAGGUCGUGAAGUACCAGCUGCAAAUCGGGAUGCGUUUCUCCACCUCGAAGGUGAGUUUUCUUCCAAAAACACAAUCACAACAACCGAGGAAGCGCCGGACACGGGAGCAAGUCGGGAUCAUGUUGACUUCGCAACAGGAGCUGCAGUUGUACCAGAAGAGACCACCUCGGAAGGUGAUGAAAAAGCGCUUGCUUUUCAAAAUAACAAAGACCGAGAAGCUGCCGCUGCGGACGUAGCUGUACUAUUCUUGUACUGCUUGUUAAAGAAGUUCUUACACGCAGGGUUCUUCUUCUUACGUAAUCUGCGGUUUGCUCGUUUUUUGUGGAAGAAAUGUCGUAGUUGCCGGACACUGCUCUUGUAGUUGAGGAUGUACUUCUUGUGAGUAAAGUCAUAUCGGAUUCUUCAAAGAUGAAAAGAUACACUGGUCAACCAGGUUCCUACCGCAACUACAUCUGGCAGAACAACAGCACCAGUAGCUGACCCCAUGAUCGCCACCUCCGCGCAGUCUCCUUUCCACCGCAGGAGUAUGAACCAGCUUUCGACAGGGUCGUCUCCCGGCGUCGAACGGAUUUCCGCAGCGGACAUUCAGGCAUGCUUGCGAAGCUUUGACCUGGAUCCUAACACCUCCAGCACCUCGCGAACGAAGAACACACGCUACAAUAACGUGACCACGACCAUAUUAUCCGGCGCAAAAGUAUAGUCGUAUUGUUGUGCUGCUCGACCACGUACUACUCACACUAUAUGCUGAUGCAUGACAUCAAAUCUCUCUUCUAUAAGUAAAUCAGCACUACAAGAACUUCUGCUUUUCCACCACUUGAAAACGUUUGUGAUGCAAUCUGCGCUAUUAAACUCCGAUUAUACAACUUUUGCAAUGCAUAGACCCACAACGACAGUGGUUUCACUUCCAAUCCCGACGUCGACAGAAGUUCGAUGCUGGACCACAUCGACACCAGCACAGGAACAGCAAGUAGAUGCAAAAUUGAUGAAGUCUUUUUCCCGGCUGGCGCGCAACAUCUUCCAAAGACGCAGAGUGUCACGAGGACUACAAUUGGCGGAGAUCAUUCUGAAGAUGCAGCUCCAGCGUGUAGUGGCUUUGGAAGUGGUCCUGCGGAUGAGCCUUCACCUUGUUCAGGUCGCGCUGCUCCUGAAGAUGGCGAGCCGGGUGCACUUUUCCCCGUGCUGCACCAGCUGCCGCAACAUCAAGCCGAGGAUUUUUACCUGCGGGACAGCGUGCUCGAGCUCAGUAUGGAUUCCUGGAUCGAUGUCGGAGAGAAGGGCAGUGCGAAGUUGUCAGCCUCGCCACAGGAUAUUCUGGACGAUUACCAGCAGCAGCAGCAGCAAGCUUGUUCGCCAGAGGACGUCAACAUCCACAAUGACGUUCCGCAGGUCGUGGUGGGUGGGGCGCUGGUGCCAAAUGAGAAGCAACUCGCUCGAGAAGAUGAACAGUGCGCGUUGGUUGAACAACAAGAACAUCUUCCAGAGGCGGGGGAACGUGAAGAGCGCGGUGAUGUUGACACCACACGGUCUCAGUCCGCUGCCUCAAUUGCGAGGGAGAUACUUCGGCCUGCAAAUAAAGCUCCUGCAAAUUAUGCAAGAACAUCGAAACCUCGUACAACCAGUUGUACCACCUCUUCCCAUUUCACGAACGACCAGGCGAACAACGGCCCGCCUCCCGGCGUAGAUUUCUACGAUGCCAAGUACCAAGAGUAUCUGAAGCAGAACUUCAACCUUUCGCUUAUGGGGUUCUCAAGCGUGGUUACGUUCUCAGCUGUGACAUGAAUUUGUCAUGCAAAUUUAAUACCAGAAAGAUCGCCACGAUUAAGCUGCAUCGCAUGACAAAUCUCCGAAGGGCUAAACAGCAUCUAAAUCUGCGCCAGAGCUGUAAUGCAAAAGGCGCAAUCUUCCCCCUUUCACUUUUGCCGUUCUUGCAUUACAAAUUGAUGUAACAGUUGAGAGCGUAACAUUUGAGAACGCCAUAUCGCUGACCCCCUCGGACGAGUCCUCAUCCAGUGAGCACGACCGGGUGCUGCUGUCGCGGAGCAACCAGGGUUGGCCCUGCAUCCUAUGCAAUACAAAUUUCCCGUACAUGUACGAGAUGCAUCACAAAUUUCGCCAAUUUGGAGCUGCGUAAAACUUGUCAUGAUAAACUAGGAUCGAAGCCAAGUUUUGUCAUGCAGAGACCGCAUUUGUACGUGUGCGGGGAAUUUACUGUGGAUACAUCCCCUCUCCGGACGACGACGACAGUGUGCUGAAUGGAACCAGUAUGGAAGAAAAAAACUGUGUAAGUGUAAUUCUGUGAUGCAGAAAAUGCAAAACAGUUACACUUGUCAUGCUCGACAUGCAUGAUCGGCUCGUUUCCUAUGUGUUUCCCCUUCCUAUCUGCGCAUGACAAGUUUUUCCUGUCAUUGCAGACAAACUUGUGAUGCUGUUUUCCCAAAAUAUUUACACUAACACAGUUUUUUUCUUGGAUAACCAGCGACAUCACACUGGACCACAGCGGCCAUCAAGGGAUUUUGAGCAGUUGUAACAACAAGUCCAGGAUGUUGGCCAGCCCCAGUGCGGACGGCGGGGGUCGUGUCGGAGGUGGUGGCGUUGCGGUCGUGGAGGAUUUGGAGGGACAAGAGCAGGCAGCAGAGGGGGUUGUAGAAGAUGUUCUUGCAGCUGCACACCAGAAAAACGAUCAAGAAGGUGAAGGCUACGAGCGAGAACAACAAGCGCAUUUUCGGGAACAAGUAGAAGCAGAAUUGGACGUAGCGAUCGGGGGCAGUACCAUCGCCGGUGUCGUGUCUACUGAGCAGCUGACAAACAAGCCUGGGCCAGCGGAUCAGCUGCAGGGUAGUGGCAAGGAGCACGAGCAGAAACAGAAUCUUCUUGGUCAACAAGAAGAUACAGCUCUGGAUUUUCGGAUAGACGACGUGGACGAGCCCGCAUUGGGACCAGAAGAAAGGGACGACGUCGAGGCAGGAUGUCCUCUUUUUCGAGAUGAAACCAAUUCUGGAGUAAGCAAGAAGUAUGAGGAGCUGCCGUCGCCCGUGCACGAUGUCUUCGUGGAGCACGACGAGAGGCAAGUUCGACGAGGAGACACGGGAAAAAUUGAUGUUGACGCCGCAGGCACAACGUCUUCAUCCUCUUCGUCCUCCUACAUGAUCCGCAAGAUCAGUGAGGAUUUGCAGGACCAGAAGCACCGCCUGCUUUUCGAGGGCGUUAAUAACGGCGACUCAUAUAGUAGAAAGACAAAGGGUUGUCCAACUACAUCAAAGCUGGAUGAUUAUCCUCCUUCUGGCCGCGGCGACAUAAUUCAUCAUCAUCUCGAGGACCCGGACGACGCGGACAUGAUGCGCGUCGCGAAUGCAAUCGAGGGGGACCACCACGACCUCCACGAUGAAAGUGUUAAACACACCGGUGCUGCGGGGAGAAAAACCUCCGACAUGUUUGAUGUUGUGUCUGCUUCCUCCAGUUGCACUUCCUCGAUUUUGGGACAACAGGUGAAUACCUUGCUUUUCAAAACAACGAAAGAUAGCAUUGAUGGCGGGAACAAGAAGAGUAGUACCAGUACCAAAAACAAUAGCAGAAGACAAGAACCGACGAUCAUCUCUAGUUCAUCUUCAACAUCAGAAGUCGUCGAUUUGCGCAAAGUGCAGAUUCAGCGACCCAGUACGACGCGCGUUAUGAAAACGAAAAGCACAAGCAGGGACGCUGCUCGACGUCCAGAAACUGCAACUACACGCAGCAACAAGCGGCUUCUUUCCCGGUCCGAGCGAGUAGGGGCGCUGGAUAUAAUCGGGUCGUUGCAACGAGGCGUUCUUUAUUCCAGAGAAGUUGUAGCUCCUGUGGAACAUCAAGUAGAUGAUGCAACGCCCUCAGCUUCCGUCGUGACGACUAAAGCUUGCUUCACUUCCUCUUGCCCGAUCCGGUCGCUUCACGUGGAACAUCAGCAGGAGCUGCUGCGUCACCAAUUGUCGCUCGCGGUAGGGGCAGAUCCUGUGUCCAUUCCGCCAGCUGUUGUUGAUCAACGACAGAACUACAGGGAUCAUGUAGUUACUAAGUGGAACUUUUUGGGAAUGCGGAAAAUUGAAAAAAAAUCUGCCCUUUUGAAGACAGGGUGGCGAAUACGACGGCACGAGUAGGCGGCUGCGCGGUGGGCAGCUGGGCGAAUAUUCCUCCUUCUGCUCAAACAAAUUAGCGAACGCGGGGCCAUUCCAAGAUCCUCACUCACAGGCACGUAGAUGCACUACACCAAAAUACAGAGGCAACCUACAGGGCUGAAGCCCCUAACACGUCACGCCGAUCCGCUGCCAACCGGGGACGGCAACAAAAAGCGGGCGUCCCAAUCACCUCUCCCGCCCGUGGUUCGGGCGAUUCCGGGGCGCCCAGACGGCGCGGCCGGGGGGGGCGAAAAUGAGGCAAAAAGCAAGUCCGUGCCGCCGCGGUUCAGAUCAUUUAAAGGCCCGGCAUGGCAAAAAGCGCCAAUUUUGAGCAUCAAAUUUCUGCGGAAUGGCCGGAGCCCCCUCCCCCGGGGGAGGGGUUGGCCCCUUCCAUUCCGCAGAAAUCGAAAUCCCCAUGCUAUGGCCAUUCCGCAGAAAUUUCCCCCGAUCGGUAUCCAUUGGUUUUUAAGCUAAACACGGGCUAAACGCUAAAAAUGGCGCCUGAGUUGAGUCCUCGGAUUAUGUCCUUGUCCCCACACCUCCAAGCGAAUAGCUGGCCCAAGUAUUUCCAGGGGUUGGGGCUGCUGCGGGCCUUAUGCAAGAACCGCACGCGGGGAGCCUCGAUGUGCGACAACCAGGGCGCGCGCACCUGGCAGGCUAUUGAUGUCUGUUGUUGAUAUUAUGCCAAGCACGCGCCUUGAGCCCGGGCGCUGACCUUCCCAGACCGGAUCGCGAGAGGUAGGCAGAGGACUUUCGGCUCGUUGAGAAGCAGCGGACUUCGAGGACGCCAACAGGACUGCUUCAACGGUGGGGGCACUGCGAAAGGGCAGAACUUUUUUCAUUUUUCCGCAUUCCCAAAAAGUUCCCCUUAGUAUCCAUUCCGCCAGCUGUUGUUGAUCAACGACAGAACUACACAGAUCAUGUAGUUGGACACGGCUAUGUUCUUAUCCAACAAAAAAGCAUUAGCGUUAGCGUUUUGACAUUUGCUGGCGAAAGCCAAAUGCUGCGUUCCGUUCAGACAGAUUCGCGCUAGCUGGAAGCAGUGAAGGCAGUCUCUUCGGCCGCGGAGCGGAUCGGAGAUGAUACCGCCAAAGAUCUGGGCGACAGCUCGGCCGCGCGCAUGUCUGGGGCUCCAGGGACUCCCGGCUACGCGACCUCCUGACCAUGCGGCGGGCUGACAAGCCGUCGCUCCUGGAGUGCCUGAAGACCCGUUUUUGGCUCGCGGCUCUUGAGCCCGAGCAAGAUGAUCAAGCUUCCCAAAGUCUGGCAUUAGCGUUUCUGUCCUCGGAGGUCAUUUUGACCCCCCGAGCACAGGCGAAUUUGAAUGGUCCACAAAAAAAACGCUAAUACCAAACUUUUUUUUCCAGCUACAGGUCGUGCCAAAGUUUGGCAUUAGCGUUUUUUCCUGGUACCCGAAAAAACGCUAAUGCCAAAUUUUUUUUUCCAGCAUUAGCUCGCGCCAAAGUCUGGCAUUAGCGUUUAUUCCGGGCGCCCAAAAAAAGUGCGGCUUUUGUGCGGUUCGGAAAAAAACGCUAAUGGCGGAGUUUGGCACGACCUAACGCUGAAAAAAAAUUUUUGGCAUUAGCGUUUUUUUGGGUGCCUGUAAAAAACGCUAAUGACAGACUUUGACACGACCUAUAGCUGGAAAAAAAAAUUCACCAUUAGCGUUUUUUCUGUUGACCACUCAAAUUUGCAUCAGCUGGCCAUCAAAUCUGUAGAUUUUUGAUGGCUCGGCCACCAAACGCCAGUAGACACCCAAAAGAAAUGCAAACCCGCACUACAACCUGCCCCGAACCUGGUCAAAUCAGGCAAAAGCCCGGCGACGAUGGUGGCAGCCCGAUGGCGGGUGGAUUUCAUCAUCAACGCUUGGGCACUGAAGUACGGACCAACGGCGGAGAGGAUCUGCAACAAAAUGCCGGAGAAUACAAAGGGGCGCCGGUUUCCUGUUGCACCGGAGGAGAAGGAUACACACUUAGCUGACGGAUGUUCGUCUGGGCGUGAGCUUGCUAACUUAACAUGCAAAAUCAAAAAAAAACUCGCUUGUUUGAAAAAAUUCGAAAACGCUAACGCUAAUGCUUUUUUGUUCGAUAGUUCUCACGGCUGUUGUUGAUCAACGACAGAACUACACAGAUCAUGUAGUUGGACACGGCUAUGUCCUAUCCAGGAAAAAACACCCAUCCCCAUCCAUUUUGCCUUAUUUUUGAUCAAGAAACGAGGUAUAAUUUUCAAAAAAUUUUCAGGUCUGUUACGCAUGCCUGCCGGCAUAUAUCCGCGCUAAAUUCACCUAGCUAAAGUGGCGUCCUAGAUAAGUGCAGCUGAUAAGAAUUCAACUAGCUAGAUCUAUCGCAGGAGCCCGCACCGGCUGACGAGUCGGAGAUCCUGCCCGCGCCGGCUGUCGUCGCGAGCACGUCGGGGAUGGUGUCCUCGUAACGUGCGCCCGAUUCCUUCAGCGCCAGGCAAUCUGCUUCGCCCUCCGGAGCCUCAUGCUGCGCGACCUUUAGCCGCUGCUCGUGCGGCUUAUUGCGGAUCCGCUUCAGAGCUCGGAGCGCUCUAGGCCUGUACUUCUUUGCCCAAAGUGCAGUCGCCAUUUCGCCGUGCCAGCGCAUCGCCACAUGCGAAUGUAGCGACGGGCCUGUGUGGAUAUGUUGGGGGAAGAUGACCAAGGUGAAUGAAGAAUCAGGGAAAACAGCGGCAUGGGGCCUCUGUCUUGCCUCUCUCGCGGCUCACGUGGCUCCGAGUCGGAGCCCUCCUGCCUGGCCAGAUGUUGAGCCACCAUUCUAAAUGACAAAGCCUUGGACUUUUUUUGCCAGAAAAAAAAUCCAAAAAAAUAUCCGUUUCGAAAGUCCAGUCCAGUCCAGUCCAGUCCAGUCCAGUAUAAUAUCCGAGUCCAGUCCAGCUGCGCGCUUGGUUUCGUCUGAUUCCCACUGCCCCGCAAAAACCUCUUCCCGCAUCAGGUUCAACGCCUCCCCAAAAGCCCCGCGAUAAGAUUCGCGAGCCAAAUCGCCCCCGACGAAGGCCCGCAAGGCGGCUCGCAGCGAGUUGCCUUCUUUGGGAUCUCGACUCCGACGUCGGCCGACCAAUGCGAUAGACCUAGCUAAGUCAAAUUCCUCUAGUUGAGAUGCUUCUCAUGGGCGCCACUAGCUAGUGUUGUGAAGUAGGUGCACUCGAAACCAUCAUGCAAAAACGAUUUCAGUUUUUUUCAUUUUUUUGUUGUUUUUUUGUGAUUUUUUUGCUAUAAAAAAAAGGCAAGAUGGAUGGGGAUGGGUGUUUUUUCCUGGAUAUGUUGAUCAACGACAGAACUACACAGAUCAUGUAGUUGGACACGGCUAUGUUCUCACACCAGCUGACCCGACCCCCUCCUCCGGGAGCAUCAAUCAAAGUCCUCUUCACGGGGACGCUGAGAAGGUGAUAGUUGCUGCCAGUAGCCGAAGUGCUGGUGGGGCAGUCGCAGUAGAGCUACAAGAACAUGAACAAGGUGUGAAAACACUCACCACGAAGUUGUCUUCUAUGCCCACAGAGCACGCGCACCAACUGAGCUCGAACUCCGUCUACAAAACGUACCUGAUCUACAAGCGGCAGCUCGCCGACAUUCGGGCGCGCGCCGCUGCGGCCGCUACGGAAGACCAUCAACAGCAGGAGUUGUUCUUGCACGCAACGACAAGGAGCAGAAGCGGUGCAGGCGGGACCAGAAAUUGGUCCACAACUACUACCCGCGGAGCAGGUGCGAACAACAUAACGACCCAACAGAUCUCGCCGACAUUGCAGCUCUAUCGGCCACGGUAUCGUUCGUGAUUUGAAUUUGAUGGUGGAGGCGUUGGCAGUGCCAGCGCACAGCGACUGCUCCCUCACCCUCUGGAAUGAGAAAAACCUUGCCCGCAGUUGUUGUGCUGGCAAGUAGGUGCACCUCUACAGCCAGUAUGCUUAAUUUGCAACUAAGUGAAUUAAAGAACAGCUGCUGUCCCCAUGGAGUAACAAGUUCGGGUUUGCGAAUCACGCAAGCUUGAGGUAAUCAAAAAGCGCCAGGAUUUUAAACUCUUCAAUAAACGACACAACCUUGCGCCGAAGCGACGUGUUUUUGUUUACAAUGAACUUGCCAUAGUACGAAGAUUCCUAUGCUGAUGCAACCCUGCCUUUCAUCCAGCACCGAUUCUUGUGAUGUAUACUAAACAUCACCAUGUCAUCAAGUAGAAGUAGUGCAAAGUCAAGAGCGAGGUUUUAGUUACGCUGAGGCGGGCCACGACCUGCUCUGAUUCCGAGGAAUGCAUGAUCAGUGUCUUCUUUCUCUUGCG